GUAUUCUCAUAUAUUCUUCGCUUUCCUAUUUCUAAUUUCUGAGCUUCUGAACACCAUUUUUGUUUAGGUACACGAAGCCCCAAAACAAGAAAACACAUACCCAGAGGUAACUGCUGAAGUUAUUGAAGAUUACCGUUUAAUUGAGGAGUUGGAUGGUCUUUUUGAGAGCUGUAUAGAGUGGAGAUUAUAGUUUUGGAACAUGACUUCUGAUAUGCCACCAGUUAGUAUGAGGUCAAGCAGGUCAUCUUUUGGCUCAAGCAAUGGAUAUGAAACACCUUCACACUAUUCCUUUCCAACCUCAAAUGGGGAUGAUUAUGAUAGUGAUGGUUCCAAUUUCGCUCCACCCACUCCAAAUACCCUCUCAUCAGUCCUGUCACCCGAACUUGCUGGUGCAAUACCAUAUAUUGACAGAUUCCAGGUUGAGGGCUUUUUGAAGGCUAUGCAAAAACAGAUUCACUCUGCUAGCAAACGUGGGUUCUUCCUGAAAAAAUCUGUUGGGCCCCAAGUUCGAGAAAAGUUUACAUUUGAGGAUAUGCUGUGUUUCCAAAGGGAACCCAUUCCAACAUCAAUUUUGAAACUAAAUGGUGAUCUCAUUAGCAGGGCAGUUAAGUUAUUUCAGUCUAUUCUGAAGUAUAUGGGUAUUGAUUCCUAUGAUAGAGUGGCUCCAAUCAGCUUGGAUGAACGGAUUGAGCUUGUUGGCAAGCUAUUUAAGCAGGCCCUGAAGCGAUCUGAGCUUCGGGAUGAAAUGUUUGCACAAAUUUCAAAACAAACUAGGAAUAAUCCAGAGAGGCAUUCUUUGAUUAAAGCAUGGGAGCUAAUGUACUUGUGCGCAUCUUGCAUGCCUCCAAGCAAGGAAAUUGGUGGAUACUUGUCAGAAUAUAUUCAUACUGUAGCACAUGGGGCUAAUACUGAUUCCGAGGUUCAAGUUUUUGCUAUAAAUACUCUAAAUGCACUGAAACGUUCGAUUAAGGCUGGACCUAGGCACACGAUACCUGGUCGUGAGGAGAUUGAAGCUCAUUUAACUGGUAAAAAGCUUACUACAAUAGUGUUUUUCUUGGAUGAAACUUUCGAGGAAAUUACAUAUGACAUGGCAACCACUGUUGCUGAUGCUAUUGAGGAGGUUGCAGGGAUAAUCAAAUUGUCUGCUCAUGCUAGCUUCAGUUUGUUCGAGUGCCGUAAGGUUGUUACUGGAUCUAAAUCUCCAGACCUUGGAAAUGAGGAGUAUAUUGGUUUGGAUGAAAAUAAGUAUAUUGGAGAUCUUCUGGCGGACUUUAAGGCAUCGAAAGAUAGAAGUAAAGGAGAGAUUUUGCAUUGUAAAUUGAUUUUCAAGAAAAAGUUGUUUCGGGAGUCAGAUGAAGCUGUUACAGAGCCAAUGUUCGUGCAAUUGUCGUAUGUUCAAUUACAACAUGAUUACAUAAUGGGCAAUUAUCCUGUUGGCAAGGAAGAUGCUGCACAGAUGUCUGCUUUGCAGAUCCUGGUUGACAUUGGAUAUGUUGAUGGCCCUGAAUCUUGCACUGACUGGACAUCACUGCUGGAGCGAUUUUUACCCAGACAAAUUGCAAUGACACGGGCAAAGAGGGAAUGGGAAUUGGACAUCCUUUCUCGUUACAAAGUGAUGGAAAAUCUGACAAAAGAUGAUGCCAAACAACAAUUUUUGCGGAUCCUGAGGACACUUCCUUAUGGGAAUUCAGUUUUCUUUGCUGUUCGGAAGAUUGAUGAUCCAAUUGGACUUUUACCUGGGAAAAUUGUAUUGGGCAUUAAUAAGCGUGGGGUUCAUUUUUUCCGUCCAGUUCCAAAGGAAUAUUUGCAUUCAGCUGAGCUUAGGGACAUAAUGCAAUUUGGUAGCAGCAACACUGCUGUGUUCUUUAAGAUGAGAGUUGCUGGUGUCUUGCAUAUAUUUCAGUUUGAAACGAAACAGGGAGAAGAAAUUUGUGUUGCUCUGCAAACACAUAUUAAUGAUGUGAUGUUACGCCGUUACUCUAAAGCCCGCUCUUCGGCUAAUGGUUCUGUUAAUGGAGAUGUUCCAAAUAAUCUCAAAACUGCAAACACUGAUAUUAAUGAAAGACGCAUUCAGGAUUUGUCUAGAGCCCUUGAAGAAUCUCAGAAGAAAGUCAAUGAUUUGGUGGAAGAUUUACAUGAAAGGCAAAAACAAGAAUCAGAGAUGCAAGAAGAAUUGGACGGCUUAAAAGAUAACUUGAGUUCCGAGAAGCAAAAUUUAGCAGCGGCUGCUUAUGAUUGUGAUAAAUUCAGAUCUUUAUGCGAUGAAAAAGAUGCAGAGCUUCAGGCUGCCCUAACGGAGAAGCGAAACUUGGAAAUGCGUCUUUCAAAGUUAAGUUCUCAAGGUUUGGAGAAAAAUAUUACGAAAGAGUUGGUUGAAGCAAAUAACCAGGUCUUACAGAAGAUCCAAGAAGAGUUGAAAGCUCGUACUAUGGAUUUGCGUACUGCAGAAGAAACAAAGAGGAGGCUUUUGAGUGAAAAAGCAUCACUUGAGGAAAAAGUCAUAGGACUAGAGAAGAAGAAAUCAAAUGAGAUGGAAAACCUUCAGAAAGAUUUUGAAAAAGAAUGCAAGGGGCUGAGGCUCCAAGUCUCUGAACUUCAAAGGAAACUAGAAGAGGCCAAACACGACUUGAUUGGUGCACAGUCUGGUCUUGAAGCUAAAGACAAGGAACUAGAAAUGCUACAGAAUAAUUUAAAGGAGCUUGAGGAGCUGAGAGAAAUGAAAGAGGAUAUUGAUCGAAAAAAUGCACAAACUGCUGCCAUCUUGAAAAUGCAAGGGGCUCAAUUGGCAGAAAUGGAAGCACUUUACCGGGAGGAACAAGUUCUGAGGAAAAAGUAUUUCAACAUAAUAGAAGAUAUGAAAGGCAAGAUCAGAGUCUACUGUAGAUUAAGACCACUUUGUGAAAAGGAAAUUAUAGCAAAGGAAAGAAAUGCCAUCAGAAGUGUUGAUGAGUUUACCGUUGAACAUUUAUGGAAGGAUGAUAAAGCAAAACAGCACAUGUAUGACCGUGUCUUUGAUGGAAAUGCCACCCAAGAUGAUGUGUUCGAAGAUACUAAGUAUUUGGUGCAAUCAGCUGUUGAUGGAUAUAAUGUUUGCAUAUUUGCAUAUGGACAAACUGGAUCUGGCAAGACAUUCACAAUCUAUGGAGCUGAUAGUAAUCCAGGACUGACACCAAGAGCUAUGUCCGAACUCUUUAGAAUUAUGAAAAAAGACAGUAAUAAGUUCUCUUUCUCUUUAAAGGCGUACAUGGUAGAGUUGUAUCAGGAUACGUUGGUAGAUCUUUUAUUGCCAAAGCAAGCAAAGCGCUUGAAAUUGGAUAUAAAAAAGGAUUCAAAGGGCAUGGUUUCUGUGGAGAAUGUGACAGUGGUGUCUAUUUCAACGUACGAGGAGCUUAAGACAAUAAUUCAAAGAGGAUCUGAACAGCGUCAUACGACUGGAACCUUGAUGAAUGAGCAGAGUUCAAGAUCUCAUCUUAUUGUUUCAGUUAUUAUCGAGAGUACCAAUCUUCAAACUCAGGCAAUUGCCAGAGGGAAGCUGAGUUUUGUGGAUCUUGCUGGCUCAGAAAGAGUUAAAAAGUCAGGCUCAGCUGGCAAUCAAUUAAAAGAAGCUCAAAGCAUUAACAAGUCCCUAUCAGCACUUGGUGAUGUUAUAAGUGCAUUAUCUUCAGGAAAUCAACACAUUCCUUAUCGAAAUCACAAGCUAACCAUGUUGAUGAGCGACUCGUUAGGUGGAAAUGCAAAAACCCUGAUGUUUGUAAACAUCUCUCCAGCAGAAUCAAACUUAGAUGAGACUCACAAUUCCUUGACGUAUGCAUCAAGAGUUCGUUCUAUUGUAAAUGAUCCCAGCAAAAAUGUUUCCUCUAAGGAAGUCGCUCGUUUAAAGAAGCUAGUUUCAUAUUGGAAGGAACAAGCUGGUAGAAAAGGAGAUGAUGAGGAAUUGGAGGAAAUCCAAGAUGAACGACCAACUAAAGACAAAACUGAUGGUCGUUAUUCCAUGUAAAACCUCUCGAAUUGAACAUGUGGAACGAAAAUCAAGUUGAGUAUCUUGUUUAGCUGCCUCAAAAGUUUGAUGAAGGAAAUAGUGAACAAUUGAACAGCUUGUUCAAGCUGGUACUGAAGUGGUUGAGAUUUUCCUUCCCAGAAUUUUGUUGUCUGAUUGGGAGUCUUAAAGAAUUUAGCUUAGAGAGUCCUCAAUCCUCAUGUUGUAUAGAGCUAUAUGUGUAUAUUAUACUUAAACAAUCAAUCAAUGGUUACUUCAUUCUUUCUCCCCAA